AUGACGAAUGUUAAGUGGUUGAGUGAGACAUUUGAUAAUUCACUACAACAAAAUCCGAAUUUGAAGAUAAAUGAAAUACGCUCAAAAGCUUUGAGGAAAUGGAAUACGAAUGUUACACUUUCUAAAGCUCGUAGGGCAAAGAUAAUGGCAUCUGAAAAACUUGAAAGUAGUUUCAAAAAUCAGUUCAAAAGAAUUCAUGACUAUGCACAUGAAUUAUUGAAAUGUAACCCUGGUUCAAUAGUACAAGUUAAAGUGGAUAGUGAAAAUGGUCAGUCAGUUUUUCAGAGAUUCUAUGUUUGUUUGAAAGCUUGCAAGGUUAGCUUCGUGUGUUGUAGGCCAUUUAUUGGUUUGGAUGGAUGUUUUCUGAAAGGAUUGUAUAAGGGGAAGUUAUUAACAGCUAUUGGGAGAGAUCCUAAUGACCAGAUUUUACCUUUGGCAUACGCAAUUGUGGAAGUAGAGAACAAAGAUAGUUGGACAUGGUUUCUAGAGUUGUUAAUAGAAGACCUUGGGGGUGCUGAAGUUGGCAAUGCAUGCACUUUUAUGUCUGAUCAACAAAAGGAAAAAGUUCUCUGGCCAAAAGUUGAAGAAUCUAAUAUGGAAAGCUGCUGCAAGUACAUAUCCCCAAGCUUGGGAAAAAGAGAUGUUAAAUAUGAAGGAAGUGAUGAAGAGGCUUACAAAUAUCUAAUUGGUAUCCCGCCAAGAUAUUGGUCAAGAUCUAGAUUUACAGGUAGGGCAGUUUGUGAUACACUAACCAAUAACAUGAGUGAAGGUUUUAAUAGUGUGAUUGUUGAGGCACGAGGAAAGCCCAUUAUAACCAUGCUUGAAGAAAUUAGAGUUUUCCUCAUGAAAAGAUGGGCAACCAAUAGAAUAAAAACAUGUAAUAUGGACUUUGAUAUCUGCCCCAAUAUUAGAAAGAGACUUACAAAAGAGUCCAAUUUAUCGAAAAAUUUGAUCCCUAGUUGGUCUGCGGAAAAAAUCUUUGAAGUUAGGCAUUAUGCACAGAUUACAAACAAGUUUGCAGUUAACUUGGACAACCAAGAUUCCAUGAAGUUCCUAAAUUUAGAUCUAGAAAAUUAUGUACCCAUUUGGUUCAGACGGUCAACGUAUGAAGAAGCAUAUGCCUCCAUCAUAUUUCCAGUCAACGACCACCUGUUAUGGGAAAGAACACCUUACGUAGACGUCCUCCCACCAUUCAAGAGAAAAGUACCUCGCAGACCAAAGAAGAAAAGAAGGUUGGAGCAAUGGGAGCUAAGGAGGGGUGAGACCCAGAUGACCAAAGGUGGCCACCGCAAGAAAUGUAGUAUUUGUCGUCAAGUUGGACAUAAGAGAAAUAAAUGCCCUACUCAACAUCAAGCAGACCUACCAGGACCAUCCCAACCACCACCCCAACAACCAACUGAGGAAAUUACACAACCAUCCCAACCACCAACUGAGGAAAUGACACAACAAUCUGAACCAUGA